AGCAACGAGCACGGGUCAUCGGAUGCACGUUUUGCAGAUAUCUCGGCCACUCUCGCCGAGGGAGCGAGGGACCCGGCGAGGACGCGCAGCGAGACGCAGAUAUUGGCUCGGCCGCGCAAUUGACGCCUGUCCCGAGCUGUUCCGCCGCGAUCAACCUGCAAUGACCCACACGCCGGAUACUCUCGCCCGCGACUCGGACGACAUCGAUCACAUUCGAUUCGAUCCGCCUCUGUGGAGACAGCGGCGGUCUCUUGUCUCGAGCCUGCUCGCUGCCCACAACGUGCAAUCGGUCGUCGACUAUGGAUGUGGCGAAGGUGCCCUGCUCGAAAUCCUCCUCAACUCGACCCAGUUUGACCGGCUGAUCGGUCUCGACAUUUCGGAAGAGUCGCUCUACAGCGCUUGCGAAACCUGCUAUCCAACCGACAACGACUUUCGGUUCCUGAGGGAGCUGCCGAUCGUGCUGGACCUCUAUCUGGGCUCUGUGGACCGCUUUGACUCGCGACUGACGGGACACGAUGCCCUCGUCUCGUUGGAGGUCAUCGAGCACCUGGAUCCCCCUGUGCUCGAGGCCUACCCGGAAAUCGUUUUUGGUCGAUACCAACCUCGGCUUGUGAUCGUCACCACCCCGAAUGCCGAGUUCAACGUCUUUUUCCCAAAUCUGAACUAUGGAACCCCACACGCAACGUUGCGGAACGACGACCACCGAUUCGAGUGGACCCGCCGAGAGUUUGAAACCUGGGCACAAAGUAUUGCGCUCGACUACGGCUACGCUGUGAGCUUCACCGGAGUCGGUUACUGGUACAACGACGAAAAAACUCUUACCGACAUUGGCUUUUGCACCCAAGUGGCGAUAUUCCAGCGCAACGAACCCGAUCCAGCUGCGAUCGCGCCGGUCGACACUACAGCUGCUCCCAAUGAGAGUGCCAGCACGACUCUUGCUGCACCCUUGCAGUGCAGCCCUCCGGGGACGAGCUCGUCGAGCAAGCCGAGCGUCGAAUUAGCAAGCGACACUGUCACCAGCCUUUCCAAUCUUCCCUCCACCGAACCAGCAGAGCCAGCCGAUGCUCCUCAGGCCGAUCCAGACACCAACAUUGUGGUUGCGACGAGCCCGAUUCACUCGCAUAUACUUUUCGAAUCCAUCGGGUAUCCAUUUUUUGAUGAGCCGGCCCUAUCUGGAAGCGAGCUGCUGGAUCUCAUCAAACAGGAAGCCACGGAUCUGCACCACAACGAUAUAACGUGGGCUCACCUGUCACGUUCGCCGCUGUCCACUGAGCCAGAAAUCGAUGCAUCCGGCAGCACAAUCAAUCUCUCGCUCGGUCAACUGUGGUCGGUCCUGAAGGUGCGACAACACUGCAAGCACAUUGCCACGCUGGUGGAUGCUCUUCGCACCGACCUCGGCAGGGAUCUCUUUGAGCUCUAUGAAACAGAUUCGCCAAGCUCGGACCUGGGUAGCCACGUAGAAGAUUCGCUGAGAAGAACCUGGGUCCGCUCGAGGUUCCUGGCGCCGCCGGUGACAUGGUUGCACUCUCUCGAAGCCCCGGCCUCGGACUCGGACACCGCCGAAUCGGACGAUGAGAGCAUUCCAGAGCCCCCACGGGAGAAGCGUGAUCCAGGCCCAGCCAUGGCGGACUGGAAGACGGCCGAUAUCGCCAAUCGGACGUGGCAGCCCUCGGCAGCGCCCUGGCCGGCGCCUGGAUGGGGGUCCGAGGCUUUGGGAGAUGUCCCAGCCGACGGCAGCGGUAUCCAAGGCCAGACCGAAGCGAUAACGACGGGCUGGGGUGUGUAUGAGGGCCCAGCACAGAGCGGCGCCGAGGAAGGAGGCUGGCAGGCAUUUGUCUCGGACGGGAACGAUCCUGCGCCGACAGUUAACAGCGGAUGGGAGUAGAUUGGAUGAAUAUAUAGUGGACGACCUGCAGAUGACGUCAAGUCGCAGACACAGUCGGUCCAGAAAGAAACGGG